AAAGAGGAGGAGAGAGAGGUGGAGGGAGGCGGGCCGGAGAGGAGAGAGAGGUCUUGCCUCUUGUCUUGCUGAGGCUCUUUGAUUCAGUGGCAGUGGCUGAGACAACCCCGUUACCGGCCACCGUUAACCCGUGUAACUACGAGCUUCGAUCAUACUCAAGAUCAACAGCUCAUGGUAAAGAAGAGACAGCUUUCUCUGGUGGACAUCGCGUCUUUAUCGCGUCUCUGCAGCCGAAAUCAAAGAGGACAUUUGGCCAAAGCGAACUUCUAUAAGACAACAGGCUCUAUACUGGAUGGCAACAAAGUCCGAAGAUGCAUCGUGUGUCUGAUGAGCGCAAAAUCUGCCAGUCAAAGUCCGUCAGUGAAAGCUUGGCACAUAAAGGAGUACCUGCGAUGAAGAAACCUGCAAGAAGCUCCACUCGGUAAGAAGAGGAAGAGUGAUAUUCAGAGAGAAAGAUAAGACAGAAGAGAGUGGAGGCCAAAGAACAAACACCAGCGCGUCCUCAAAUGAUGGGGAUAAAGCACCUUCUGCUUCUUUUGAUUUACUUAGACCCGCUGAAUGUCCUGUGCGCCGCCACCCCCAAUAAAAAGAGCAAAACCCCGCCGAGGAGGAACCCAAAGGUGAAGGAGGUCAACGGCAGCACCACUGCGGUCCCGUUGGCCGCGGCCGUCCCGGGGAAGAUCACCCAGGUCCAGGCUCCCUCGGUCCAGCACGACACCUGCCUGGGCUACUACGACGUGAGCGGGCAGUACGACAAAGAGUUCUCCUGCAACAACACCGACCACCGCUUCUGUUGCGGCAGCUGCUUCCUGCGCUUCUGCUGCGCGGACCGGGGGAAGCGGCUGGAGCAGAAGAGCUGCACCAACUACAACACGCCGGACUGGAUCAAAACCCAGCCCCCUUCACCGGCGCCAACAGGUGAUACGUACGACCCGGAGCUGGACCAGACCAACGCCACAGUGUACAUCACCUGCGGGGUCAUUGCGCUCAUCAUCGCCAUUGGGAUUUCUGCUAAAGUUGCCUAUGAUAAAGCCACCAAGCCCCCUCAGGAAAUGAAUGUGCACAGAGCCCUGGCAGACAUUCUGAGGCAACAAGGACCAGUUCCAAUAUCUCAGUAUGAACAUGAAAACACUGAAGCGAUUGAUGGGUCGCCCAAAGACGAGACGCCGGUCAGAACUUCGAAGAAUCACUACACACCUGUUCACACCAAGCCAUCAAACCACGGGCACUAUGGUAAAGAAAACCUGCGCAGCGGAGGCCAAGACAUGCACAACUUCAUCUCCUCUGGGUUUGUGACACUCGGACGUGGCCACUUGAAAGCGCAGCACUCCAUAGAUGAAUCGGGGCAGAUAUCCUGGCAGGGCGAUCUGGACAUCCCCAUUUCCUACGGAAACCACCACCAUGACUACCAGCACAGCCACCUGGAUCUGACCGCGCUCACACCUAAAUUGGCCCACAGACAAAUGAGAUACGAGAGACCCCAGCGGAUGAACAACAUCCUGACCUCAGCCACGGAGCCCUACGACCUGUCCCUCUCCAGAUCCUUCCAGAACCUCAGCCAUCUGCCGCCCUCCUACGAGCUGGCCCUCAAGUCUGACUUAAGUAAAUACUCCUCCUCCCUCCACAGAUUAAGUGAUAAGGACAUAGAUGAGUACUACACGAGGAAGCAUCAUCAUCCUGACUUUGGCGGCCGGGGCCCGACCCACAUGGUGAAGCUGAACGCAGAUCCCCAGCAGCACCAGCAGCACCAACAGCACCAGCAGCACCAGCAGCAUCAGCAGCGGCAGCGGCCCCGCCGGGUCCAGAGGGCCAUGUCCCAGGACCACGUCCUGUCUCCUCCCAGGACACCACGUCGUGGAGAUUAUGGCUUAUCUUCAUAUGGAGUCAUGGCGGCCGCCGCUUACAGCAGCAGCCGCCACCUCUCAGAUGAGCAGCUAUUGUCAGCAGACCGUCUCCACUCCCAGGAUCCCUUGCUGUCUCCGGCGAUGAGGCGUGACAAGUUCCGGGAGAAGGCGAUGGCACGGGCGAUGUCUCACGCCGACAUGCUGCUGCCAGUCACGCCUGUCAUGGACCGCCACAAGAUGACCAAGAUGCACUCUCAACCCAGUGCCUCUAACGACUCCUACAACACGCUGACGGUCAACCACCAAGCGACCACGUCUAAGAGGCAGGCGUUUGCCUCCCGACGAACACACACGGUGGACCACCUACAGUACAUUCCCGGCCACCACCACACAUACCGCACUGCCAGUAAGAACGAGGUAACUGUUUAACCACAGAAUGGUCACCUGAAAGAUUCCUGAGAGACACCACGGACGUCAACAGAAAUCGCCAAAAUCAGCAAGUCUCCUGAGCAGAGGUGUUCUGUCUUCUUAUUAAAACAACCUCCUACAUUAAAACUCUUCCUGCUUUUUAGCACAAGCUUCCUGUGACAUCCAGAUUUUGGGUAACUAGAAUCAACCCUGGCAAAGACACUUCUCUCUUAGAGCAUCAUAAGGGCUUUGCGCGUUGACACAAAGAGGGAUCCUUCAUGUCAGACGUUUGACAGUGUGAAGAAAAUAUUUUUUAAACUGGACAUGCGACUGGAAAGGAAUUGUAUCAACUUUAUAAAUAUAUAAAUAUACUAUAUUUACUAUUUGUAUUUUCAGUCCUUGUUAUAGCUUUAGAGAUUCUCAAUGAUUAAUAUAAGCACCUAAAGUGGUGCCUCUUAAAAUUGUCCCAUUUCAAUGAUGUGGAUUUGUGGGUUAAAAAGCACAAUUAAUGAAUUCCCUUUUUUUCUUUGGUUUAUUUUACUCUUGUUCUUUGGUAAACGGCCAGAACAUAUCAGCUUCUUAGUGAAAACAGAGGCUAUUUCUGUUGCAUACAAUAGAUGAUUGUAAAUAGGCUAUAUUAGCAGCAUUAAAACAAGAAAAGCUGGCCCUUUGGCAUUAUGGUAUGUUUUGUUUUUCUCCCACCUGGAAUCUCAUCGAUUCGCAAUUAAUAAUUUUAAUUUUAGAUAAGGCAAAGAUCCCAAAUUAAUAUUAUUUCCACAGAUGUCUGCAAAAGAUGUGGAUGUAAUAUGUACAUGGGGAGUAUUUUUUCUUUUCUAACUGUGCUUGUAGCAUAGAAUGAUUGUGUAUGAAACAACCUUUUACCACUGUCGAUUGGCAGCUUCAGUCUGCAGACGUAAAUCCACAGGUGAAAAUGGAGCCUGAUGGUUGUUUGAAUUAGCUAAAUUUCUGUUAACACAUUGCCUUGCUUUGUUAUCCACGAGGAUGACCCUCCCCCGCCCACCCCACGCGGGUAGUGAUUGACCAGCUGCUUCCAUCUCUACAUAUCAGGUACUCUGUGUCAAAUAGGUCGAGUCAUAGUUUUGUGUCCAUGUGUUGACUGAAACAAUCAGUACUAAAAAGGACGUCAUAAUCACUAGUCAAUCAAGCAUUAAUUAAAACUGUGAACUGUUUGUCCAGAUGUUUUCAUUAAAGCAAUGCCUUAUUGUAUGGAAUCCUAUGUGCUCUUAAUUGAACAAUCAUGCUUUUGUCUCGUUGUCUUAGCUUUUUGUGCAGUAUUAUUGAUUAUAAUUUACCAGCAGUAAAAACCUGUACAGCGAUAGAUGAUACAGUACAUAUACCUCAAAAAUUCAAUUGAAGAAGCCUCAAACUUUAAAAGGAAAACAAUCAGUACACACAAGUUACUCUAAUCACAUUACCUGAAUUAGCUUUGUUUAAGGUUUAUGGGCUCAUAAUCAUGUAUACAGUGCUUUUGUUUUCAGCUGUUCAGUCAGAUGAACUGGAGAGUAGAGGUCUUCAUGGGCUCACUUGGUUCUUGUCAUUUUCCAUGGGUCUCUUUCCAAAAUGUGUCGAAAAUUGACCGGUGAAGACCUCUACUGAAGAGUCCAAAGGCCUUGACAAUAUGUAUGUUUAUUGUCAAACAGUUUGAGGGUCAAAAACAGUCUUCGGUAUGAAAAUCUUCCGAAAUGUCCAUAGACUUGCACUGUCCAUCCCCCAAAUGCCAAGAAUUAUGAAAUUGUGGGUAUCUCUUAGUGAUACCACUCAUCAGAUUACAACUUGACCUUAUUGUACAGGUAAAACAACAGGAACAUUGCUAUUUCUAUUAUCAGAUAAUUGAGUUGUACGCCACUGUAUAUAAAGACUUGAAUACAAUGUUAUUUGUGAUUGGAACUGUCUUUUUUCCUUCAAUGAAAGGAAAGCAAUGAUAAAUCCAUGGUUAUGUUAAAAUACGCUCAUGUCUUUACACGUUUUUCUUAAGUUGACUGUCUUAUUUUUCUGUAAUAACACUGAAUUAAUGAUUGAUGACCUUGUAGGGAUGCGGAAAGCUGGCCAAAUGAGUUCAACAAAUGUAUUUCUUUAUCUUAUUUUAAAAUGGAUGUGCUACUUUCCUUUUUUAUGCCAGGUCUGUAUUAAAUGAUGUCAAUUAGAGAUUGUUCUUUUUUUUCAAAAUUAUUGUCUUUGUACAUAUAAUAUGAUUUUUCUUUUCUUGGUGAGUGCUUGCAAGUAAUGAAGUACAUUUGACAGCUAUGGGUGUGUGUGUGUGUGGGGGGGGGUGUUAAUUGUUCAGUAGACUGCUUCAGACAGAUAUCUGUACCCUUCCACCUCGCGCAACUAAUCUUCACAAACGUCUGCUCCUUCUUUUCACUUAAUUAAUAAUGAUGUCAUCCCAAGAGCCUUUUUAUCUAUGUGCAAUAUUUCCUAUUCAUGCAGCAUAACUCUAUAGCCACUUACUCUUUUUAAAAUGUUGUGAGGUUCAUUUGCUGCCAUAAAGGCUUUGUUGUCUUUUCAUUUAGGACUGUUGUCUUUCAUAAUCAAAGAGUUUUUUUUAUAUAUAUAUAAUACAGGUAAAUGUGGUAUGAAUGAAAAAGGUGUCUGUGUAAUUGCACAAAUAACUGGAGACUAAUUUAAAGGCUUCAAAACAACAAAAUAUGACUGUUCUUGUGCAUUUUCUGUUUGUUUACAAACUAUUAAAGCACAUCACGUGUGUUGUAUAUAUCAAUUUAA